AUGGUUGAUCCUUCCCAGAGUCUAUCAUGGGGAUGCUACACAUGCCGCCCAUGUUGCAACUUGCUGUCAGGUUCACUGGCAGUGCCUGCCGGUGACCAUUGCGCAGCCGAGUUCUUGUUGUUCGACACCAAGGAUAAAGCUCCGUACCUCUGUCGCUAUGUGGACGGCACCAAUGCGACUUGCAGGGUGCUGCGCUUGGAGAUGCGGCCACAAGCAGCUGCAUUGUCCAGUCCAAGGCAAUUGCUGCUGAGCGGCCGGCUGCGAUUGUUUGCUUCUCUGGAGGUUGUGAGUGGCGUCGCUUCGGUGUCAAUUUGGCGCUUGCCAGAUGCAGAGGCAGAGUGUCACCUGGUGGAUAGGGUUGAGCGGCUUGAGGGCAUCCAAACAGCCAAGGCUAUUUGUUGGGCAAGCCGUGCGCUGCCACCUUUUGCAGAAGGUGAGUUGCUGUCAGUGCUGCUUUCGGACCGAGUGCUGUUGAUCCCGGUGCUGCCUGCAGAUGGGACCUUCUCGUUGCAGCCAGCCAUGGUGCUGCAGAUUGGCUUCCCAUGCCGCUGUUUGUGCUGGUCCAACGAUGGGUCCCAAUUGCUGGUGGGUGGCAAAGGGCAACUUCUUUGCUUCGCUUGGAGGGCUGGUGCGGCUGGUGACAGUGAACCUCUGGUGCGACAUUUGCUCUCCUCAGGUGAGUGUGUGGAGAUCCAUGCAGUAUUUUCCAAUAGCUUCCUAUGUCGCAUUGACCAAUGCUCACAGCCGGCUGAACCGGAGUUGAUGCUGCCAGGGCAGGCUUUGGGACCCAGCUCCCGACCUUUGGUCCAAGUCAUUGAAAAUCCACAGGAUGGCCCAUCAGAAGGACCAAAUGUAUUGAGCAUACCUGGAGGGGCUUAUUCGAACUCGCUUGGGUCGCUUGGGUCAACUUGGCAGAAUCCGGUGUCUGCAGAAGUUGCAGGAGCAGUCGGUCUGCAGGUGGUUCCAUGCCAAAGAUAUUUGCUUCCAAUCCGAUGCUCCUUCACAAAAGACCGUGGACAUUCCGCGCUUCGUUUGCAAUGUGGAGCGGAGUGCGAGGCCAAUGAGCUGGUGGCCGUGGCUGAAAGUGGUGGAAAGGCGGUGGUGCUACACGGCAGCUUCACCAGCAGUGAGGUCUGCUGUUGGAAUUUGUCACCGCCACACCAGUGGGGCCGAUCGGAUUGGCAUCCGGUUACCACACUCAGCUUGGCACAAACCUUGAGGCUCUCAGGGCUGGCCCUGUGGCCGGGCGCCAGUCUCGAAGUGCACGCCCUGCUGUCGGAAGCACCAGCACCUGGAGAGUUCGGACGCCCGAAGCGGGAGUUGUUUCACAGGACUGAAGUCGUGUCAGAGUCGCCGAGGGUGGAGCAGCUGCUUCCUGAGGAGGAGCACACAGAGACCCUCCAUGGCAACGGCCGGGAUGAGGCUCUUUGCAGCAUCGCCUCCAACGUGGCCGGAAUCCGGCAAGAAAUGGGAAAUCUUCGAGAAACCUUCGAAGGCUUCCGGAACGACUUCUCCCGCUUGGUAGCUGUGAUCGAGCGCCAAGCAAAUGCUUGGCAUUCUGACAGUCCCUUGACAAAUGCAGAGGGAGACUUACAUGUCCUCAAUCAAGGAGCCUCUAGGUUGCCGCCCUUAUCCAUGGGCUUCCGGCACUUCCACACAAUGAAGUCAAGCCAUUGGAGACCCAGUGAUGACGCGACCUUUACGAAGAUGACCAGAGCUGAACUUUUCAGCUUGACCCAGAGGCUCCUAACCCUUCAGGAGAAGAAAGCUGAAGAGGAGGGAGAGCUCGAAGUCCUACAGGUACAAAGGCUCUCGAAAGAGGCAUCCCGGAAAAAAACUAAAGGACCACUGUCCUUCUUGCAGGUCAAUCCAUCAAAAGAGGCCGAGUCAGUGGCGGAGCUGGCGCUGCUAAGGGCCCAACGUCAUGCUAGAGAGGCGCAAGAAUCUGCAGCACUGGCCAAACAUGCCUAUGAAAAGUUGGCAAAGAGUCGAGAUGUGGCGGUUGAGACUGCUGGAGAUGCAGCUUUGGAGGACGUCAUCAAGGAUGCCCGCCAGGAUGCCAGCGACGCUGUGAAGAUUCUCAGAGGCAGUGAAGGCGAGCAUGCACAGGCCCUGAAGCCAGGUUUAUCCUUCUUGCAGGAGGCUACGGAUGCGCACCAUGCAGCUUUGGAGAGGGUGCAGGCCAGCCUUGCUAAAAUGCAAAGCAGCACCAAGAUGUCGCGGGAGCAGCUCCGGCAAACAACCAAAGAACUGCUUGACGUGGAGAACCAGAUCGCUACUCUCCAAAGGCAACAGGCAACCAUGAAGAAAGAGGCUUCCAACAAAGAGAAGCUUUUAGUGGAGACGCACCAGAUUCUGGCUGGGCCCGUAGCAGCUGAAGCUGAUGCCAUGGGCCUCCCAGGUUCGUUCACACAGCUGUCCAGCCAGGAGAAGGCUCGGAGCACAGGAAAAUCCGGAGCACAAAAACUUGCGAUCGCAGAGCAGGCCCUAACACGCCAAAAAGCUACAUUGGAACAGAAACGCAGGGAGCUCGCCAAAGUGCAAACUGAAAUCCAGGAGGUUCAGCAGGCUGCAGCACAACUGCGUGAUGGAGACGUUGCAAAGGUGAAGAAGCAGAAUGUGGCAUUGCUGGAGACCUUGCGGCGCACAUCACAUACUGAUAAGGCUGAACGGCAACAGGCGGAGGCUGAGUCCAAGCGCCUGAUGUCCACCACAGCAUCCAAAGAGCAGCAGCUAAGCCGUGAACGACAGGAGCUCGCAUCACAGCAGGCUGAGGUGGCAGCUCUUCGGGAAGAGAACCAGAAGAAACACAGCCAAGAGAAGCAGAAAAACAUCGAGGUGAACAGGCAGUCGAUCCUCCUUCAAAAGGCUGAGGAGCAGCUGCAUUCCACACAGGAAGAAGUCUCCGGCCUGAAGAGGCUCGAGGCUCAGUCGACUUUUGAGCUCACAGUCAUCAAGGAGGAACAGCUUGGCACGGCCAUUGGUCAAUUGCAUUUGGAAGAUCUGAAGGCCGCGCGAAAGAUGCGACAGGAGCGAGUGGAGGUACUAGAGAAACUGGUCGAUGCUGAGUCGAAGAACAUUUCUGACCUGAGCUUCGCUUUGGAACAAGAGAAGUCGCGUCCCGAGCUGCAGGAACUUCGGAAGAAAGCCACAGAAGCGGCAAAGGUGUCUAAGGACAAGGCUAGUGUGGACAAAAAGACCAUUGGGCUCUUGCAACAGCAGGUGGCUCAACAGACGAGCCAACUCCGUGCCAACUUUCGAUCAAAAUCCGUUGCAGCGCAGGCCAACAGGCAGAACGCUUUGAUGGCGCUGGAGGCCAAGUUGGAAAAGGAGACGAGAGAAGAACUGGCCACGUUGGAGGCCAAGAACAGGUCCCUGUCGCAUCAGCUCGUGCUGCUUCAACAGGAAGAUGAAGCGCAGGUGGAGGUUCUGAGGCACAAAGCCACAGCCCGUGCUCUCCAAGAGGAGCUCGACCAGGUGAAGUCAGAGGAGGCCCAACUUCUCGACAAAGCUGCCAAAACGGCCUUCGACAUGGAGGCACGGCUCCAAGAGAAGCAGAAGUCCUUGGAACAGGACCUGCAACAGAAGGAGCAGUCUAUCCUGAAUCUUCAACAGCAUCGCCUGGAAGAUGGUGAGAGGAUUCAAGCCAUGCAGCAGGAGAUGGCGGAGGCCAGCUUGAAGGAGAAAAAGUUGGCUGCGGAGUUGCGCCAAACCCAGGAACAGCGGGCACGACUGGUCAGCACCGAGGAGGUUGAGCUGACGCACACGGCCCAAAGACUGCGGAAGGCUCAACAGGAGGAAGAGAAGCGACAGGACGAGGAAAUUCAGGGCCUGAAGUGGGAAUUGGAGGCAGAAAAGGCCAAGAACGACCUUCGAAGAUCUCGGAAGGCAGCACAGUUGGAGAGGGAGAUCCAGCAGUUGCCAAGAGCAGAGGAUGGUGAGAUCUCUCAGCUUGCUGGCUUGCUGGAAGGGAAAGAGUCAAAGCUGCAGAAGGUCCGUGAAUUUUUGACCUCUGAGGGGCGACUCUCCUCAGCCGCGAAGGCAGAGUUGAAGAACCUACGGGAGCACUUGCAGCAAGCCUCAUGA